AUGCGGGAGCAGCAGCAACGUACCAAAGUGCAAAAGGACAUGUCUAGGGGGGUUCCGCGAUGUUUUGCUGUGGGGGACGCUGUGUGGGUGAAGACUGUGCGAGGUGAAACAGUGUCGUGGGAAGAUGGUAUCGUGACACAGGUUAUCAGUCCCGUAACCUAUCUGGUGAAAGUGUCGCAGGCGGUGCGAUUUACGCAUUCGGACCACAUCAGAGCCCGCCACGGAAGCCAGGAUUCUUCAAGUUAUCCGCAGGCACAACCUGCUCCAACGGCAUCCGUAGACACGACUCCACCGACGGUUCCGAUGGCGUGUGGGCCAGUCGCCGGGUCGCCUCUCGUAAAUCCCCACGCAACCGACUCUGCGACGUCUCUCCUUCCGGCAACUGCAUCGCCCACGGCCGGAGCAGCUGCCUCCGGCUCGCCGGACCAGCCCAGUGCCGACGACGCGCCACCUGCAGCCGAACUUCCAACUCUGCGUCGUAGUGCACGUAUCAACGUCAUUGAGGAUCUUCCCGUAGGCGAGAAUCUGUACGACCACGUCACCAUGAACGGAAUCGCAGGAUCGUCAGCGGAAAACAUAGAAAUCAACUACUAUUUACCAUCUACAGUGCCAAAGUAUGCCCUAUUUAAAACAGGGCCACUUAUUCAUGCAUACGGUGUUGAGUGCGUUGCCUUCUUGAGCACGCCAGAUAUUCAGUUUCUUUACGUGACACUCAACCCCACGACUAUCGAAGCAGGAUACCUAGCCGGUCUGGUAGGCGUAUCACAGAUACAUGACAACUACUACAAGCGAAAGUAUGGUGACAACGUAAUAAUGAUUGUGCCAAUACUUCUGCGCCCCAAAUCAUCAGGCUACAUUCGGCUGAGGAGCACCAAUCCCGAAGAUUAUCCUAGUAUUGACCGUAUAUUUCUGACCGAUACAUCACACCUCAAAGCAUUAAUUGAAG